AUGGAAAGAAAAUAUCCGCCCAUCCAGGGGGAACCGGCACAGAGGGACCAAAGGCUGCCCCAGGAUGACCCCUGGAAGUUUUUCUGCCUGGCAAUGACUCUGAUGCUGCUUCUGUUCGACCUCAUCCUAGGUGUGGUCCUGGCUGAGGUACUGCUGUUCUCCAACAAGAUGCAGGAAGACCUCAAGCAAAUGGACAUCCAAUUUGUGCAGGGUCUGGCAGAUGCUGGGCACGAGCGGGACAUCGUGUGGGGAGAGGUGUUCCGGCAAACGGAAGCUGUGCGGGCAGGCAACGAAUCCUCCUGCGAGCCCUGCCGUGAAAACUGGACGGCAUUUCAGGGCUCCUGCUAUCAAUUUUCCACACAAGAACUGAGCUGGUUCAAAGCCAAGGAUCACUGUGCAGAGAAGGGUGCUCACCUGGUCAUCAUCAACAGCCAAGCAGAGCAGAAAUUCCUGAGUCCAAAGGAAAAUAAUGGCUACUGGAUUGGCCUCAGGAAACAAUACCCAAAGGGCAUUCACAAGUGGCAAGACGGCUCAGUCCCUACCUUCAUCAACUGGCAUGAUACCAGAUCUUCUCACUAUGACUGUGCCUUCCUGAUGGGUUCUGGCUCUUGGUCCUCUACUACGUGCUAUGCGUAUUGGUAUCAUUGGAUAUGUGAGAAGCCACAGAACUGCCCGGAUAUGGAGAAUCAGACACGAGUCUUCGAAUUCAUCCUCCUCGGCCUCUCCGAGCAGCCCCUACAGCAGCAGGUGCUCAUUGGUAUGUCCUGCAGCCUGUAUCUGAUCGGAUGCAUGGGGAAUCUGCUCACCAUCCUGGCCAUCCUCUUGGACCCUCACCUCCACAGCCCCAUGUACUUCUUCCUCAGCAACUUGUCUCUUCUGGACAUCUGUUUUACCUCCACCACCGUCCCCAAGAUGCUGGUGAACUAUCUGUGCAGACACAGCACCAUCUCCCCCCAGGCUUGCCUGGCCCAGAUGUAUUUCUUCAUUGCCUUUGGGGCAGCGGAAAGCAUCCUUCUCUCAGUCAUGGCUUAUGACCGCUACCUGGCCAUCUGCUGCCCGCUGCACUACAUGACAAUCAUGAACGUCCUUCGUUGUGCCUUGCUAGUGACUGUGCCCUGGACCUCAGCAAACCUCAUCUCCAUGGUCCAUACCAUCCUNGUUUUCCACCUCACCUUCUGUGGACCCAAUGAGAUCCACCAUUUUGCUUGCCACGUGCCCCCUCUCUUGAAGCUGGCCUGUGGAACUGAUGUACCAGUAGUGGCCAAGGGCGUGGGGCUGGUGUGCAUCAUGGCCCUGCUGGGCUGCUGUCUCCUCAUCCUCCUCUCCUACGCCUUCAUCGUGGCUGCCAUCUUGAGGAUCCCCUCAGCUGAGGGCCGGCACAAGGCCUUCUCCACCUGUGCGUCCCACCUCACUGUGGUCAUUGUGCACUAUGGCUUUGCCUCUGUCAUCUAUCUCAAGCCCAAGGGUCCCCAGUCUCUGGAAGGAGACACCCUGAUGGGCAUCACCUACACGGUCCUCACCCCCUUCCUCAGCCCCAUCAUCUUCAGUCUCAGGAACAAGGAGCUGAAGACUGCCAUGACCAAGACCUUCCUCAGAAAACUCUACCCAGAAAAAAUAUGA